GCAAACGAAAAAACAAUCGAAAUCUUUUCUCUCACACAUAUACAUAUAUAUAUACGGAAUUUGGACGCAAAAUCCAUGUCCGGCCAGGACGGCAUGCCAUUAGCAGGAGUUUUUGAGAAAUAUGUUGGUAAUUAAGAAUCUUAUGAUCAAACAUGGAGCGAGCCACCUAUUAUUGUAAUUUACAAAAAGGACAAUAACAAGUGUGUUUGGACACCAUCUUCUACUUUAAUAAAUGUGGAGAGAUAUUAAAGACGUGCGUUGGUGAUUAGUUCCAAACAUACAUAAGCCAGAGCCAGACCAAGUCAACAAGGACUUAUUACACUGUGCCCUUAUUCAAUUUGUCCUAGUUGUUUGUUAGGAUUAAUUAGGCCAUUAGCUUCCACGCGAGCUCAUUGUGAUUGUGUUGUACCCAAUCAAGUGCAUGUGUCUCCUCGUUCAUUACUCACGCAAGUGUAUGUUCCCACGGUUAUAAAAAAUAGUAUUCAAUUUCAAUGGCAAUGGAGACUAUCUUUCCGACUACUCAUCUCUAUGUCGGCUUCAACACAAAUCUAUAUUAAUAUAAAUAACAAAUAUCUUUUACAUUCGCCAGUUGUGCUGUUCUUAUGUUAAAUUUGAGUUUCAUUAUACCAAACCGAUCUAGAUUCAAAUCAAUAAAUCAGACUGUUCAAAUCUUGCUUAUUUGUAAUUUUGAUUUAUCGAAAUAAAAUAGCAAUUGUGUCGUUAGCUCACUUGUAUUGUGAAUGCAUUAGAUUCCCAUUCCCAACUUCAGUAAUUCAGGUUCUGAAAUCAAAGUUGCAGCUUUCUUCUCAGGAUCAAUUUGGCUAGUGCGGCUAGAAUGUGUGCAUAUAGCGUGUCCUUUUAAAGUUUGACCAAAUUGGAUUUGGACUAUAAAAAAACAAGACAGUUGUUUGGCAUAGGAAUAGGAAUUAGGAAGCUACCCGGAAAUUUCCCUAUGGAGCCUCUGGCACGAAAUAUGAGCUUUUAAAUAGAUAGCCAGCAUUGAAUUCACAGAAUGAAGUUCUUUCCUACUCACUUAAGUACUUUACCACUCUGAUUUUCUGACAAAAUCCACCAUGACAAGCAGCCAAAAUAUGAAAUAUGAUGGUCAUGGCAGCUCAUUUAUCAUUGACAUAGCCACCACAGUUAAUUACACCAUCAACAAAGCCAAAAAAAGAUGGCGUUUUGCUUAUACAGCCAUUUAUUCUAGACGUGUGAUGCUUGCCCUGGCCAAAGAAGUCAUAUCUAAAAGAAAUACAAACUCCAAUCCCUACUCUAAACUCUUCCAAACUCAGUCUUCCAAUUCCACCAACACUAUUGAUAUAAUUGAGCCUCUGAUUCCCCAACAUGGAACCAAUCAUUACUCUUUGGUUCCUGAUGUUGACAAGGCCAGACUUGCUAGUAUGGUAAAGGACAAAAACUUGUUAGCCUUUAAUGAGUUUGGAGGAGUUGAAGGUGUUGCCAAUAUUCUUGGAACCACUCCAGCAAAGGGAAUCACUGGCAGUGAUGAUGACAUCGCCCAAAGGCGUGAUUUAUUUGGUUCAAACACUUACCAGAGGCCACCUCCCAAGGUCUUCCUGAGCUUUGUGGUGGAAGCUUUCAAUGACACCACUAUUCUGAUCCUUCUUGUUUGUGCUGGCCUUUCCCUUGGCUUUGGCAUAAAAGAGCAUGGACCAGGUGAAGGCUGGUACGAAGGGGGGAGUAUAUUUGUAGCAGUCUUUCUGGUAGUGGUUGUCACUGCACUCAGCAACUUCAGACAAGAGAGACAAUUUGACAAAUUGUCUAAGAUAAGCAACGACAUCAAAGUAGAAGUUGUGAGAAAUGGAAGGCCGCAGCAGAUAUCCAUCUUUGAAGUUCUUGUGGGGGAUAUUGUGUCCCUCAAGAUUGGUGAUCAAAUUCCAGCUGAUGGAUUGUUCAUGAGUGGCCAUUCUUUGCAUGUGGAUGAAUCAAGUAUGACAGGUGAGAGCGACCACGUAGAAAUUGAGCCCUUAAAAAGCCCCUUCUUGUUGUCUGGUGCAAAAGUUGUGGAUGGUUUUGCUCAGAUGCUUGUGACAUCUGUCGGAACCAACACAGCAUGGGGUGAAAUGAUGAGCUCAAUAUCACGAGACACCAACGAAAGGACACCAUUACAGGCUCGCCUUGACAAGUUAACCUCUUCCAUUGGAAAGGUAGGCCUCACAGUCGCUUUUUUUGUUCUCAUAGUCUUGUUAAUACGUUAUUUCACCGGAAACACUCAAGACGAUAAAGGGAAUAAGGAGUUCCAGGGGAGUAAGACCGAUAUAAAUGACGUUUUCAAUGCGGUUGUGCGUAUUGUUGCAGCUGCAGUCACUAUUGUGGUUGUGGCAAUCCCGGAGGGUCUGCCAUUGGCUGUCACUCUUACACUAGCUUACUCCAUGAAAAGAAUGAUGGCAGACCAAGCAAUGGUUAGGAAACUUUCUGCUUGUGAAACCAUGGGGUCAGCAACAGUUAUUUGCACCGAUAAAACUGGCACCUUAACUUUAAAUCAAAUGAGAGUCACCAAGUUUUGGCUUGGCCUAGAAAAUGUUAUGGAAAACUUUUCCAAUGCAAUGGCCUCUAAUGUUCUUCAGUUAUUCCACCAAGCAGUUGGCCUUAACACAACUGGCAGUGUCUAUAAAGCUUCAUCGACAUCUGAACCUGAAAUUUCUGGUAGUCCGACAGAGAAAGCUAUACUCUUGUGGGCCGUAUCUGAUUUAGGCAUGGACAUGGAUGAACUGAAGAGCACACAUAAAGUUCUCCAUGUUGAAACAUUUAACUCAGAGAAGAAACGAAGUGGCAUUGCGAUAAAGAAGGAGACCAACAACACAGUUCACGUGCAUUGGAAAGGUGCUGCAGAGAUUAUACUUGAUAUGUGUUCGAAUUAUAUUGACAAUAACGGCAUAGAGAAGUCUCUUGAUGAAGAACGGAGUAAACUUGAGAAGAUAAUACAAGGCAUGGCUGCUUGUAGCCUACGAUGUAUCGCAUUUGCUCACAUGCAGAUUUCAGAAGACAUUGAUUAUAACGAUAAGGAGAAUGCACAUCAAAUCCUUAGAAAAAAUGGCUUGACCUUGUUAGGCAUUGUUGGCCUCAAGGAUCCAUGCCGACCCGACGUCAAGAAGGCUGUGGAAACUUGUAAACUUGCAGGAGUUAGUAUCAAGAUGAUUACUGGAGAUAACAUAUUCACUGCAAGGGCAAUAGCAACAGAAUGUGGAAUAUUAGACCUUGAUGGCCACGUGAACCCGGGAGAAGUGGUGGAAGGUAUGGAAUUCAGGAACUACACGGAGGAAGUUAGAAUGGAGAAAGUUGACAAGAUCCGUGUGAUGGCGAGAUCAUCCCCUUUGGACAAGCAUUUGAUGGUGCAAUGCUUGAAAAAGAAAGGCCAUGUUGUUGCAGUCACAGGAGAUGGCACGAAUGAUGCACCUGCACUUAAAGAAGCUGAUAUUGGGCUUUCUAUGGGGAUCCAAGGAACUGAGGUUGCCAAGGAGAGUUCUGACAUUGUCAUCUUAGACGACAACUUCAAUUCUGUUGCCACUGUAUUAAGGUGGGGCCGAUGUGUUUACAACAACAUCCAGAAAUUCAUCCAGUUUCAACUAACCGUGAAUGUUGCAGCUCUAGUGAUCAAUUUUAUUGCAGCAGUUUCUUCGGGAGAUGUUCCCCUAACAACAGUUCAACUAUUAUGGGUAAAUCUCAUUAUGGAUACUCUAGGAGCUUUGGCACUGGCCACAGAAAGGCCUACAAAGGAGUUAAUGGAGAAAAAGCCAGUGGGUAGAACUGAGCCUCUUAUUACUAGUAUUAUGUGGAGAAACCUUUUAGCUCAAGCUUUAUAUCAGAUUGCUGUCCUCUUGGUUUUACAAUUCAAUGGAAAGUCAAUCUUCAAUGUAAAUGAGGAGGUAAAGGAUACUCUAAUUUUUAAUGCUUUUGUUCUCUGCCAAGUUUUCAACGAGUUCAACUCUAGAAGUAUGGAGAAACUUAAUGUAUUCGAAGGCAUUCUCAAAAACCACUUGUUUCUUGGAAUUGUGGGCAUUACUGUGGUUCUUCAAGUUGUGAUGGUGGAACUCCUAAGGAAGUUUGCUGAUACAGAGAGAUUAACAUGGGAGCAAUGGGGAAUUUGUAUUGGAAUUGCAGCUAUGUCAUGGCCAAUUGCUUGGUUUACAAAGCGCCUACCUGUCUCAGAUAAACCGUUCGCCAGCCACGUUAAGUGGGUAAAAUUAUUGGUCUUCAAAAUUAAGCAUAUUUUUAAUUUUACCUCAUCACACGUCUGAAGAAUCAUAAAUUCCAAGCAUCGUGAACACUUCAAUAUGGGAUAUUCGUGUAUAUGAUGUAUGGAAAUUCAAGAUCCUUCAUGGUCAAAACAUAAGGGGUCUUGAAUUUCCAUACGUCUUAUACCUAAAUAUCAUAUAUUUAAUUGUUCUAGAUGUUUGGAAUUAUAUCAAACACCUUUAUUUAGGGUAGUAAUUAUGGAUAGGAGAAGUAGUUUAAAAAUCUGUGUGUUGUGAAAGUAUAAUAUAUAAUAGUAACAACCAAUUCCUAAAAUGCGGAAUUGGGGUGGGAAUUAGGAUAGAGGUUAUAAAUUCAUGUUAAAAACUCUUUGAUGUACUAAAAGAAGUAUAAAAGCUAUUAGGGUUGUGAGACCUUAAAAGUUAAAAUUGAUAUAAGCAGAGUUGCAUACAUUCUUCACAAGCCUCUGUUAUAUCAUUUGUCUGUUAGCUUGUUACUGAUAUGUUAUCAUUGUUGCUUAAAUUGACUGUUUGAGCUGAAGGUCAAGGAUAGAAACUACUAUGAUACGUUGAGCAUCAUGCUUAGCUAAACGUGUAGAUCAUAGUCCAGAUGAACCAUAAACAAGGAGAACCCAAAAGGAAAGAAUAAACAGAUUUCUUAUGAGCACUUAGUUGAUAUUGAAGACCUGAUCUAAAGCUCAUAUCAAAUAUUAUGUGAUAAAAUCUAUGUGUAGCUCUUCUAAUGUUGCUAAACAAUCUACAUGAAAUUUGUAACUGUUGCUUCAUUAUCCAA